UAGCAGGCGUAGGUAGUAGCUAUUGACCUUUAGUUUGUGUCUUCAGAAUCUUGAUUGUUACCAGUAUGGGCAUUAUUUGAACGCUUGCAAUUUGCUUCAAACAAACCUAAAUAAACGUCACUCUGCAUUCAUCUAGAUUAGAGAUGACUCAUAACAACAACUUAGUACAACAACAUCAUUCUUGUAAGUACCACGUAACAGAUAUGACCUCAUUUAGAUGUCGACUAAUACAUUGCGCGCCGCCGUUGUCUAGUUAUUACCAAACUUCAAACACAAGUAGCGAUGUGUGACGAAUCAAAGCAAAACACGCAAACUAAAGUGCUAUGAAUACCGUCUCAGUCCGCUUCGUUGAAUUCACCCGCAGUCUACCGACGUUUUUCUCGGUCGCCGGCUGUAUGAUUCGCGUUAUUUAAUCCGAAACCAGUUUUAAAAAGUUAUCCCGCGGCCGUGUGCUCGAUUCCUUUGCCUUAUUUGAACGAAAAAAAUAAUAUUUUGAUUAUUUUGCCGCCAUGGACGACAGAUUGUUUUGUGCCGACUAGUGGGCAUUUGGACGCUUGCCUCUUCGCGGGUGGUCGUAUUUCUUUUAAAACUUUGACUUUGUGGGCGAAGCGCCGGUAGAUACUGCAAAAAUGUCAUUCACCUCGAUCACUCACACCUGCCAGUACAAUGAAGAAGACGGCUCCAUGCGAAUGUACCUGCGAGGACGGCCCGUGGUGCUCCACGCUCCCAGUAGCCUGGAAGGCCUGGACCCCGCCAAGGUGGCCCCCCCGCCGCAGAAUAAGCUGAAGCUGGAGUGGGUGUAUGGGUACAGAGGCAAAGACUGCCGCAGCAAUCUCUACCUUCUUCCAACGGGGGAGAUAGUCUACUUCGUGGCAGCUGUUGUGGUGCUGUUCAACGUAGACGAGCAGUGCCAGCGCCAUUACACCGGUCACACAGAUGACGUCAAGUGCCUGGCCAUUCACCCCAAUAAGCUGAUUGUGGCUAGUGGCCAGUGCGCGGGCCACGACCGCCAUGAUGCCAGGCCUCACGUCCGCGUGUGGAACUCAGUGUCCCUCGCAACUUUAGCAGUGCUGGGCGCGGGACAGAUCGAGCGCGCGGCGGCGUGCCUGUCGUUCUCGCGCGCGGACGGCGGCGCGCUGCUGGCCUGCGUGGACGACGGGCCCGACCACUCCAUCUCCGUGUGGGAGUGGCAGCGGCCGGAUAAGGGACACUGCCUGGCUGAGACCAAGUGCUCCGUGGACACAGUAGUAGCGGUUGAGUUCCACCCGCUAGACCGCAACCAGAUCGUGACGUGCGGCAAGAACCACAUCGCGUUCUGGACGCUGGACCACACCAACAUGCUGUACAAGCGGCUCGGCGUGUUCGACUCGCGCGACAAGCCCAAGUACGUCACGUGCCUCGGCUUCAACCAGAGCGGCGACGUGCUGUCGGGCGACUCGAACGGCAACAUCAUCGUGUGGGGGCGCGGUACUAACACCGUGGCCAAGCUGGUGCGCGGCGUGCAUGAAGGCGCCAUCUUCUCUAUCUGCUGCCUCAAGGACGGUCGAAUUCUGAGCGGAGGAGGCAAGGACGGGCGAAUAGUCGCCUUCGAUGCUGAAGUCAACGCCCUCGGUGUAGAGAAUGUGAUCGAAGGGCACUACGGCGGCGUACGCGUGGUGGCUGAAGGCCGCGGCAGCCAGCUGUUCGUGGGCAGCACGAAGAACUGCGUGCUGCACGGAGACCUGGAACUUGGCUUCUCGCCUGCUGUGCUCGGUCACGUGGAUGAAGUGUGGGGAUUAGCGACGCAUCCAACGCUGGCGCAAUUUGUAUCAGCCGGCUGGGAUCGCUUACUGCAGCUGUGGGACGGGCUUAGCCACUCUACUGUGUGGAGCAAGGACAUCGAGGAGCGUGCGCAAUGCUGCGCUUGGUCGGCAGACGGCGGCGUGAUCGCGGUGGGCGCGCUGUCAGGACGCUGGAUGGUGUUCGACCCGCACUCGCGCGAGAUGCUUGCCAGCCACCAUGACGGCACGGAGCCGAUCCAGACGAUCCAAUACUCGCCGGACAACCGGCUGGUGGCGCUGGGCUCGCGCGACAACUUCAUCUACGUCUACCGCGUCGACGACGCCGGCGCGCGCUACAGCCGCGUCGGCAAGUGCCUGGGUCACUCCAGCUACAUAACCCACCUAGACUGGUCGGAAGACAGCCAGUACAUAAGGAGCAACUCAGGGGACUAUGAACUACUAUUUUGGAACGCGACGACGUGCCGGCAGGUGACGUCAGCGUCAUCGAUGCGUGACGUAGCAUGGGCUUCCAACUCCUGCCCCAUCACAUUCACCACCGUCGGCGUGUGGCCAGAGAACGCGGACGGGACGGAUAUCAAUACUUGCACCAGGUCGCACGACGGCCGCCUAGCAGCGACCGGCGACGACUUCGGCAAAGUGAAACUGUUCGCCUACCCCGCGCCGCAGCCGCGGUCUCUCUCGCACGCGUACGGAGGCCACAGCUCGCACGUCACCGCGGCCAGGUUCUUACCCGAUGACUCCAGGCUGCUGACCGCUGGAGGACUAGACACGGCCCUGAUGCAGUGGCUCGUCGAUUAGGCGAAAAAUAGAAUCUGGAGCUCACGUGUAAACACCAGCAGUUGAUGGCGAACGAAACAAAAAUUAAAGUUUCUUGUCUUAUCUUUUUUAAGUCCGUAUUAGAAACACCACUCUCGUGCAGUGGCUCGUCGAUUAGGCGAAAAAUAGAAUCUGGAGCUCACGUGUAAACACCAGCAGUUGAUGGCGAGAACGAAACAAAAACAAAAAACUACAGUUUCUUGUCUUGUCUGUUUUAAGUCCGUAUUAGAAACACUGCACUCAUGCAGUGGCUCGUCGAUUAACUGGAAAAAUGGAAUCUGCAACUCACGUGUAAACACCAGCAGUUGAUGGCGUACGGAACAAAAAUUAAAGUUUCCCGCGGCCAGGUUCUUACCCGAUGACUCCAGGCUGCUGACCGCUGGAGGACUAGACACGGCCUUGAUGCAGUGGCUCGUCGAUUAGGCGAAAAAUAGAAUCUGGAGCUCACGUGUAAACACCAGCAGUUGAUGGCGAACGAAACAAAAAUUAAAGUUUCUUGUCUUGUCUGUUUUAAGUCCGUAUUAGAAACACCGCUCUCGUGCAGUGGCUCGUCGAUUAGGCGAAAAAUUGAAUCUGGAGCUCACGUGUAAACACCAGCAGUUGAUGGCGAACGAAACAAAAAUUAAAGUUUCUUGUCUUAUCUUUUUUAAGUCCGUAUUAGAAACACCACUCUCGUGCAGUGGCUCGUCGAUUAGGCGAAAAAUAGAAUCUGGAGCUCACGUGUAAACACCAGCAGUUGAUGGCGAGAACGAAACAAAAACAAAAAACUACAGUUUCUUGUCUUGUCUGUUUUAAGUCCGUAUUAGAAACACUGCACUCAUGCAGUGGCUCGUCGAUUAACUGGAAAAAUGGAAUCUGCAACUCACGUGUAAACACCAGCAGUUGAUGGCGUACGGAACAAAAAUUAAAGUUUCCCGCGGCCAGGUUCUUACCCGAUGACUCCAGGCUGCUGACCGCUGGAGGACUAGACACGGCCUUGAUGCAGUGGCUCGUCGAUUAGGCGAAAAAUAGAAUCUGGAGCUCACGUGUAAACACCAGCAGUUGAUGGCGAACGAAACAAAAAUUAAAGUUUCUUGUCUUGUCUGUUUUAUGUCCGUAUUAGAAACACUGCACUCGUGCUGUGGCUCGUCGAUUAGGCGAAAAAUAGAAUCUGGAGCUCACGUGUAAACACCAGCAGUUGAUGGCGAACGGAACAAAAAUGAAAGUUUCUUGUCUUGUCUGUUUUAAGGCCGUAUUAGAAACACUGCACUCAUGCAGUGGCUCGUCGAUUAGGCGAAAAAUAUUCGAAUUUGCAACUCACGUGUAAACACCAGCAGUUGAUGGCGAGAACGAUACAAAAACAAAAACUACAGUUUCUUAUCUUGUCUGUUUUAAGUCCGUAUUAGGCAUCCCUGUCGCACGCCUACGGAGGCCACAGCUCGCACGUCACCGCUGCCAGGUUCCUGCCCGAUGACUCCAGGCUGCUGACCGCUGGAGGACUAGAUACGGCCUUGAUGCAGUGGCUCGUCGAUUAACUGGGAAAUAGAAUUUGGAGCUCACGUGUAAACACCAGAUGGCGAACAAAACAAAAACAAAAACUACAGUUUCUUGUCCUGUCUGUUUUAAGUCCGUAUUAGAAACACUGCACUCAUGCAGUGGCUCGUCGAUUAACUGGAUAAAUGGAAUCGGCAACUCACGUGUAAACACCAGCAGUUGAUUGCGAACGAAACAAAAAUUUAAAGUUUCUUGUCUUGUCUGUUUUAAGUCCGUAUUAGAAACACUGCACUCAUGCAAUGGCUCGUCGAUUAGGCGAAAAAUGGAAUCUGCAACUCACGUGUAAACACCAGCAGUUGAUUGCGAACGAAACAAAAAUUAAAGUUUCCCGCUGCCAGGUUCCUGCCCGAUGACUCCAGGCUGCUGACCGCUGGAGGACUAGAUACGGCCUUAAUGCAGUGGCUCGUCGAUUAGGCGAGAAAUAGAAUCUGGAGCUCACGUGUAAACACCAGCAGUUGAUGGCGAGAACGAUACAAAAACAAAAAACUACAGUUUCUUGUCUUGUCUGUUUUAAGUCCGUAUUAGGCCUCCCUGUCGCACGCCUACGGGGGCCACAGCUCGCACGUCACCGCGGCCAGGUUCUUACCCGAUGACUCCAGGCUGCUGACCGCUGGAGGACUAGACACGGCCCUGAUGCAGUGGCUCGUCGAUUAGGCGAAAAAUAGAAUCUGGAGCUCACGUGUAAACACCAGCAGUUGAUGGCGAACGGAACAAAAAUUAAAGUUUCUUGUCUUGUCUGUUUUAAGUCCGUAUUAGAAACACUGCACUCGUGCAGUGGCUCGUCGAUUAACUGGAAAAUAGAAUCUGGAGCUCACGUGUAACCAGCAGUUGAUGGCGAGAACGAAACAAAAACAAAAACUACAGUUUCUUGUCUUGUCUGUUUUAAGUCCGUAUUAGAAACACUGCACUCGUGCAGUGGCUCGUCGAUUAACUGGAAAAAUGGAAUCUGCAACUCAGGUGUAAACACCAGCAGUUGAUUGCGAACGAAACAAAAAUUAAAGUUUCUUGUCUUGUCUGUUUUAAGUCCGUAUUAGGCCUCGCUGUCGCACGCGUACGGAGGCCACAGCUCGCACGUCACCGCGGCCAGGUUCCUGCCCGAUGACUCCAGGCUGUUGACCGCUGGAGGACUAGACACGGCCUUGAUGCAGUGGCUCGUCGAUUAGGCGAAAAAUAGAAUCUGGAGCUCACGUGUAAACACCAGCAGUUGAUGGCGAGAACGAAACAAAAACAAAAAACUACAGUUUCUUGUCUUGUCUGUUUUAAGUCCGUAUUAGGCCCAUAACAGACGGUGAAACGCAACUGCAACUUUGUGAUGAUUCUGAUGAAUGAAACUGAAACUGAAAGUUUCAAACUGGUCGCGUCGUGUGUGGUCUCUCAACGGACGCUAUGGCAGAAACUUAGAUGCAACUCAAAAGUAACUAGCAGUUGCAGUUUCGUUGCAUUUGCGUUUCACCGUCUGUUCUGGGCCUUAGAAAACGAAGGUCAAAACUCGAAUCAAUAUCAGGAUUAGACGUUACGAAUGUAAUUGGUCAAAAUAUUGAAAUUAAACUUAUCAGACUUCAGUCUGUGGUUGAGAUAUCAUCUAGUUUUGAGUUUCGUUUUGUAAUACGGACUUUUUAUACUGCCUUCGUUUCCAUACACGUUCUAAACUAAAUCAACUUAAGUUGAAUGAUGAGAACGAGAAACAGGUUAUCCAUGCGAAAAAUCAUGAACAUUAUAGUGAGUAGCUCCGCUGGUGGAACCAUGCCUAACUAAAGUGUAAAGAAAACGUGCAACCGUGUAGCAUCUUUUUGAUAAAACACGAAGAUAACUUGAAAUCGAAUAAAGUAUUCCAGCAUUUUCGUUCAAUUACAAAUACAAAGUACAAUAUUCUUACCUAUAUUGACUUUUUGUUUAUAAUCAUAUUAACUUUUAUAACUGCACUUAUAUUUGUGCACAUUAUUGAUAGGUUACAAAAAUAAUUGAGCCUAACAAUUUUUAUAAUCGUGUUUUAAACAAAAUGUAUCUGAAAUUAUCGAACUUUUGUAUCGUUGCUACUUCUAAUUGUAUUACUAAGUAAAAGUACAAUUAUUAACGAGCAAAAGUACAACUUUUGCGUCACGAAUUUUUAUAGAACGAUCUUUGAAUUAAUUAGGAAUACAGAACAAUAAUCUCUGAUGUGAAACCAAUACGAAAGCGAUACAUAAUGAAAGUUACAAUUGAAAUACAUCGUUUAUUAAUUUGCUAUAUUUAUUUGCAUUCAAGGAUAAAAUCGAUCAGUUAUCUGAAUUAUAUUUUAUUUGUAUAGAAUCAAUUUUUGCGUAGGGUUGUGAGAAAGGGCUAGAUUAAGUUAAGCUUACGAUAAGUGCGAUGAUCCGUCGAUUUGUAACUUUAUUCACAUUUUAUUAGCGUAGCUGGCAACACCGAACUAACAUUUGGGUGAUUUUUACACUUGCAACACUGCGAAUAUUGUUAAUUAUGUGAUUGAGCUUGGUAAGCGUAAUUUUAAUAUUUAUAAGCAUAAUAAUAUUAUUGAGCACUCUAUUUUAAUUGUUUUAAGCCAUUUAGAUCAAGUUUUACAAAGUAGGAUUAUUUUUAUUUUAAGUUUUUGUAGUGGUUUAUGAAAAAUGGCGGAAAUUAUUGCAACAUUGCAGUGAAAUGCAUUUUUUUAACUUGUGCAUACUACUACUUUUAAUUUUAUCUUCUCAAAUAUGUUUUCUACCUAGAAUCUUAUUGUUCUGCAUUUUUCAUAAGCGACACUUCAGUUUAUUUACGAGAUAGUGUAGCUCGAGACACAUUCCUUAGUUCGCGCGGUUUGUUGUAACCUAGUCACCAUUCGUCGUAUGCGGUAUGUAGAAGCACUCGUAGUAACAAUGUAAAUAAUUUAUGUAUGAAGGCGUGCUCCGUCUUUUUGAAUGUGCCUCUAAUAAACAAAUGUUUUAUCAA